AAAAAUAUGUCAAUAAAAAACUGUCAAUUAUCUAGUGCUCUACUUCUAUUCUAUGUUCUGUAAUCUGUAAUUAAUAUGGUAUUGUUUCGAAUUGCUUCAAUUUCGGAUUUAAUAUUAAUGUAUACAUUUUUGGAAAUAUAAAUUAACAUCGCUGAAAUGUUGACUUUAUAAGUUGGAUGACAUUGUAUACAAAAUGGGUACCAACGGCAAUGGUCGUCGCGGAGGUACUAAAUUACCGGAUGUUCGCCGUCCCCUGGAAGAAGGAGAUUGCGUUAACGACAUGGAGAGCCCCGAGCUUGACUUCGUCUACGAUGACUGUGAUACUCAAGCCAACGAAAUUGCUGAAAUAUAUAGUUACACGGAACAUCCCGAAUAUCAGCUAAACGUUAAGGCUUUUGAGGAUAUAAUGGAAGAAUUUAAUCAUCCACCGAGUUGGCAAAGACUAACAAAAAAACAACAACAAACUGUAGUAAUGAUGCUAUUGGAACAUCUCGAUGUAGCUAUCUCCGAAAUUCGUAUGCGUGCUAUUCGUUGCAUUCUCUAUCUGGCCCAAGGGUGCUGGGCAGAAAUGCAAUCGGAUGCCGAACAAGGACAUUGGGCUCGAGUGAACAUUAUGACAUUAUAUGAAAUGGGAACAUUUUCAAUAUUUGUGGAAUUGCUCAACCUCGAGAUUGUUCAUAGUAGCUCAGCUAUAGCUUCAAGAAAAUUGGCAGAAUCGUUAGCUGACUCUACAAACUUGCGAGUGAUACUGACAGUUCUAUAUCUUAUAACUGAAUACAUGAGAACAGAGAAAAACAGCCCAGAUUCUGAGUAUGCACAUCUCGUGAAAAAUUUUACUGAAGAAUUAGGCACACCAUUUGGUGAUGAGUUGUUACCUGUGAAACUAUUAAGUAUGGUUACGCAUUUGUGUGCUGGGACUACACCACACUUUCCAAUGAAGAAAGUUCUCUUACUUUUGUGGAAAGUGUUAUUAGUUUACUUGGGUGGCUCAAAGGAACUAAAAGAAAGAAAAGCAAAGUUGAGGGAGCAGCAUGGGCUCCCUCCCAUCAGUGAAGAUACGUUGGAAGUAAUAAAGGGAAUGAGAGCCAGUUCACCACCUCCAAAUGCUGCAGAUGUGUUAGAAAAUCAAAAUCCUAGUCAAAGAAAAGUAAAGGAAAAUGAAAGAGCCCUGAGGAGACAAACAUUUACUAAACAGACUUCUCUAGAUGAAACUGAUGAACAAAUAUUUGUUGACAAAGAAGACACUGGAAAUGGAUCUGAAGAUUAUCCUAUGGAGUUUCAGUCAAUGUCAAGUGACAAUCAGCAAGGUGAAAAUAGCCAAAAUUGUCCAUAUUAUGUAUACUUUAAACAGUUGGAUAGUCCACCACCCCCACCGCCACUACCCCGUAGUCUGCCAUGGCAGUCAAAGGUUCGUCAAAAAGAUAUUGAUAUGUUUCUAGAUAAUGUCCGCAUUAAGUUUGUAGGCUAUUCUUUACCAGGUGAUAGACAAACAAUAGCUGGACUGCCACAGCCCAUCCAUGAGGGUAUUGAGAUAUUAAAGAAACACAUGUACACAAGUCUAUCAGAAAUCCAAGUUGAGAGAGAAAUUGAGAUUGCAUGGAGUCCUCUUACUAGGGGAGAAAAAUAUGUAGAAGAAACUGAAGCAGAAAUUCUAUAUAGAGCUAUGCUACCUAAUUUGCCUCAAUACAUGAUUGCUUUGCUAAAGAUACUCUUGGCUGCAGCUCCCACUUCAACUGCAAAAACAUAUUCUAUUAAUAUUAUGGCUGAUUUGUUACCUGAAGAAAUGCCCAUGACAGUUCUCCAAUCCUUAAAACUAGGCAUAGAUGUAAACAGACACAAAGAAAUUAUUGUGAAAGCUGUCACAGCAAUCCUAUUACUCCUCUUGAAGCAUUUUAAACUAAAUCAUGUCUACCAAUUUGAAUUUAUGUCACAACAUUUAGUUUAUGCAAACUGUAUGCCGCUGGUUCUCAAGUUCUUCAAUCAAAACAUACUGUCUUAUGUAGGAGCCAAGAAUUCCAUCCCAAUAUUUGAUUUCCCUGCUUGUGUUAUUGGUGAACAACCAGAAUUAACUAAGGAAUAUUUAGACAUUGGAGAUUCCUCUGUUCCAUAUUCGUGGAGAAAUGUAUUCUCAUGCAUAAACUUAUUGAGAAUUUUGAAUAAAUUAACAAAAUGGAAGAAUGCUAGGAUCAUGAUGCUAGUUGUAUUCAAAAGCGCACCAAUUUUGAAAAGAACAUUAAAAGUAAGACAUGCCUUGAUGCAGUUUUAUGUACUGAAAUUACUAAAAAUGCAAACUAAAUAUUUAGGAAGACAGUGGCGAAAAACAAACAUGAAAACAAUAAGCGCAAUAUAUUCAAAAGUUCGUCAUCGAUUAAAUGAUGAUUGGGCAUUUGGAAAUGAUGUAGAUGCAAGACCUUGGGACUUUCAAAGUGAGGAAUGUGCAUUAAGAAUCAGUGUAGACAGAUUCAACCACAGGAGAUAUGGUACAGGUACAGAACAAGAAAUUGAUCUGACUCCCUUGGACACAGACAUAAACAGUGUCCUGGAGAGUAACAUAGAGUUAGAUGAAGAGUUCAAAGAGAAUUAUGAAUUGUGGCUCGAACAAGAAGUCUAUAAUAAUGAGAUCAACUGGGAUGUCUUAUUAUCUACAUAGAGUUUAAUCUUUUUGGCCAAUAGAGGCAAGUACAUGGUUUGGCUUGCAAGUUGAGAAAUGGUUGUACUUUCUGUAUUAUCUGUUAUUGCUACGAGAGAUAGGCAAAAUGAGAAUGCUACUAUUACUGAUAGAUUAUAGGGGAGUAGUAAUAGCCCGAGACCUGGGUCACAUAAUUGAAUCUACUUAAUUUUUAAUUGGCUAGACUAUUAUCAUAUAAAAACUCUCUUUAAGAACAAAUAAAAACAUAAAAUGUAGACCUUUGACAAUUUUGAUGUUAAAUUAUAUUAUUAAAUAUAUGCAAUAUGUAAAAUUAA